AUGGAUCCAGGCGACGCCCUACACGAGGCGACGAGAAAGGGUGAUGUCGAAGCCGCUAGACGGGUAUUAGAGAGUAAUCCCAGCUGCGUGGACACGCAAAGGAAGACCCGAACUCCUCUACACAAUGCGGCAUGGUACGGCUUUAGCGACAUUGCGAGCACUCUUCUUGAGUAUAAGGCGGAAGUCGACGCACGAUCUUGGACUCAUACCACACCUUUGAUAAUCGCUGCCGAGCAAGGGCAUUUGCGCGUCAUAAUGUGUUUAUUGGCUGCGGGAGCUGAUAUAAACGCUCGGACAUCAACGAAAGCUCUUCGCGACGUGUUCUAUACACCUCUACAUAAAGCAGCAUCACGAGACUCAUGUGAUACAUUGCUUCUGUUAAUCGCGAAGGGAGCCUCUAUCACGCAUACAGCAAAAGACGGCACCACCGCUCUCCACAUUGCCGCAAAAAAUGGACGCCGGUCAAACGUUAUCGCUCUUGUUGGUUUUGGAUGCGAUCCUCUUUCGAAGGAUUCAAAUGGGAAAUCAGCUUUUGACCAUGCGGAUGAACUACCUCAACCGCUUAAACAUGAUAUUAAAGUGGCGAUGAGUAAAUGGAGAUACGAUGGUGAAAAAUUAACUUCACUGCAGGGUAUAAAAAGAUCUAUUAAUAAAGAAGGGGAAGCGGAUCUUUAUUACUUAUUAGUCCGCGCCUUGGAAGUUGGCGACGAAGCAACGCUCGAAUUUGCCGUAGAACUUGCAUCGGCAAAGACGAUUGACCAGAGACGAUCGAAAGGCAUGGCGGUACUCCACCAUGCCGCUGAGAAGGGCAACCUAAGGGCCGUCAAGCUCUUAUUAGAGAAGGGCGCUUCAAUUCAUAAUCACACAAGAAGCUCUCGGUUGACAGCUCUCGCAUUGGCCGUUCUCGGAGGGCAUGAGGAUGUUGUACGCUAUUUGCUCGAGAGCGGCGCUACGACGAGUGACGUAAACGCGAAGGUACUCGGACAAGCAAAAGAAAGAGGUCACAACGGGGCGGUUGAGUUGAUAGAAAAAUCAGCUCGAUCCCAAGACACGGGAAAUUCAUCUAAUAGUAUUGGAAGGUCUCCCAGCCCAUUCCGCAUGAUUCGAGCGGAUAAGGAUGUUUUUAGUCCACAGACAGACCCGGCUGUCAGACGAGUAAGGAUAGUACAACAGCCCAAUACCAAUUACUUAGGAGAAGGUUUGAAACCUGGACGGGAACCGAGUAGAUCACCAGAACCGGGUAAAACAGAGGACAAUGCAGAUACAGAUUCAACACUGGAUGUCGAAGGUGGGUUCGACGGCAAGCUUUUCUCGAAACCCUUACCGGCUUCUGGCCUUACGCAGCCAAAAACAUUUGAUAAUUUGAUAAAAACCUGGCACAACUAUUUUGAUUUCAAGGAAUCCGAUAAGAAAAUCAGGGUUGCAGUUUUGGAUACUGGGAUAGACCUUGGCCACGAAGAUUGGCGUCGACCGCGAGCUGAUAUGAUGAACUUCUGUGGUGGCUCUGAAUCCGAUAUUCAAGAUGUCGAUGGACAUGGGACUCAAGUUGCUGGUAUCAUACUGAGAUUAGCCCCAAGGGCGGAUGUUUACAUUGCCCGCGUCUGUGUGGAGAAUAGAAAUCGUGGUAUUUCCGGUGACGAAAAGACCGACGCCUCAAAUACAGAAAAAUGCCCUCAUCCCAUUGCCGUCGCCAAGGCGAUAGACUGGGCCUUGGAAAAUGAUGUUAACAUCAUUAAUAUGUCGUUUGGGUACAAGUUCGCGCCCAAAGUGGUGAAGGAAGCCUUAUAUCGCGCCAGACAGAAGAAGGUCGUCGUCUUCGCAGCCAUGUCAAAUGGUGGCAGCUUUGAACCAGCGAGGUGGCCAGCUAGAGACGGAGUGUGCGCGAUAGGAAUUCACUCGUGUGAUGAAUAUGGUACAAGAUCAACUUUUACCGCGCCGCCAGCGUCGAAUGCGGACAAUUUCAUGGUUGUGGGAGAAAACAUUGUUACGCACUGGCCGACGGCAAAAGGAGGGGGCUUCAGGCUUGACGACGGCACCUCGUUUGCGACACCAGUAGCAUCGGCCAUGGCAGCGUUAACACUAGCCUUCGCAGAACAAAAAAUAUGCAAAGCGGAGCGCAAUAAAGCCCAGGAAUUUAUCGAGUUGGAAGACCUAUACGAGAAUUUCGGUAUGAGUAUGCUGUUAAGGAAUGUUAGUGUCUCGGAAGCGAGUCCUGGGUUCCUUUUUGUCCACCCUGAUCUCCUUUGGAAAGACCUAGAUAUCCGAGUAAAUAAACUUAGGGAGGACUGGAGAGCCCAUGCAUGGGAUGUUAUCAAAAAAGCGCUUGACCCUUAA